UAAAUCAACACUAAAUAUAUAUGGUAUGGCAGUUAGCAAUUAUGAUGGAAAAGUGUUAUUUAAAAAGUGUAAUCCUGGAAAUGAAGUGUGUAGUCUUGAUGUUUCGCACACUUCUAUUGAUGAGAAAGUUGAAGUUGACGUGAUUACAUUAGAUCAUUUUGCAGAUCAGCAUAAUCUAUCAAGAAUUGAUAUACUCAAAAUCGAUACAGAAGGAUAUGAACCAUUUGUAUUUCAGGGUGCUAAACGCUUGUUAGAAGAGCAUCGUAUUCGAUUAUUUAUUUUCGAACAAUUAGAAACUGGUGCAUGGUUAAAUACUACAUUAAAAUUUGAAGUAUUAAAAUUGACUAAACUAGGUUAUAUAUGUUAUAUAAUAGGCAAAACUGGUAUGAUAUUGGUAACCAAUUGUUGGAGUGAUAAGUAUGAUGUAGAACACAAUAAUUUACUUUGUGUUUCUUCGAGAGACGGUGCAUUAUUGAAUAGUAUUGACCAAAUGAGAUUAACUGGAACAGUUUCUGGUGUAUGUGAGAAGAGCAUGUGA